AUGAACGCAUCCCAGCAGAUCCACGUCUUCUCCGCACACUGGAAAGUUGAGUCGGUGAUUAUUUCUCUCAUAUUCUCGAUGAUUUUUUUGGUCGGUACUGUGGGGAACUGUCUAGUGCUCGCGGUUCUCAUUCGCAACGGCCAGAUGAACACAAAGAGCACCAACCUGUUCAUCUUGAACCUCGGGCUGGCGGACCUCUGCUUCAUCGUCUUCUGCGUGCCGCUCCAGGCCACCAUCUACACCAUGGACGAGUGGGUGUUCGGCGCGUUCGUGUGCAAAGCCGUGCACUUUAUUAUCUACCUGACCAUGUACGCGAGCAUCUUCACUCUGGCUGCAGUGUCUCUGGACAGAUAUCUUGCCAUUCGGUACCCUCUGCGCUCCAGAGAAACGCGAACUCCCCGUAAUGCCCUGACCUCCAUCAGCCUGGUGUGGGCACUCUCGCUCUUCUUCUCCAGCCCUUAUCUCAGCUACUACCAGCAGAUGGACCUAGACGGGACCACAGUUUGCAUCCCGGCAUGGAGCGUCCAUCAUCGCCAAGCCAUGGACAUCUGCACCUUCAUAUUCGGCUACCUGAUCCCAGUCCUCAUACUUGGUAUCACAUAUGCCCGCACCAUCCGCUACCUGUGGACCUCCGUGGACCCCAUGCAGGACAUGUCAGAAUCACGCAAGGCCAAGCGCAAGGUGACCAAAAUGAUAAUCAUAGUCGCUGUGCUUUUUUGUUUAUGUUGGCUGCCUCAUCACUUGGUUAUCUUGUGCAUGUGGUUUGGCCAUUUCCCGUUAAACCACACCACGUACGUUCUUCGCAUUUUAUCGCAUUUGGUUGCGUAUGCCAACUCCUGCUUGAAUCCAAUCGUGUACGCUCUGGUGUCCAAACACUUCCGUAAGGGGUUCAAAAAGGUGUUUGGGUGUGCUUUUCGUAAUCGGGUUGUAAACCGGAUACACACUGUGCAACCGGUGCAGACGGUAAGCCUAAUGGAGGCCGCCUCGAGCGAAGGAUCCAAUCAUUGCGACGGGUCAACCCGCGGUCGACUGUGGAGCAAAAGCAGCAAGAAAAUGAUGACGAGCGCCUUUAUGACAUUUAACGUGACAUAA